AUGGCUGACGUCGAUGGCUUUCAACUUGUUCAGAAAGUCAAGAAAAAAAGAAAGUCAGAUGAUUCUCCUCCAGUUCUUCAAACAAUAAACAACAAAAUAGAAUCUAAAAAAUCUAACAAAGUAUUUGACACUGGUACGAACUGUCUCUUGAAAGCAUCUAAAGUUAUAGAGAAAAAAAUUGUUUAUUAUGUAGUCUUGCGAAAAAGAAACCUUUUAAACAAUCCUCCAGAUAAUCAUCCAGGCAACCCCGCGGUAGAUCAAAAUCCAUUAGUCGAGUCUACGGCAUUUAAAAUAAUUCUGCCAAUCAGCCAGUUAUCCAAAUUCACCAAUCCUGAUAUAUGGCCACAAUACACAUUUUUGCGCGAAUGGGAUUUUUCACUGACGAGUCACAGAAGAACAGCAGAAGAUAAAGUUGUCCAAUCCAAAAUCGAGAAUCAUGGUGGCGCCAAAUAA